UAAUGCUGAAGGCCAAGCAGAGACCAACUAUAAGUUAUGAUAUUAUCGUUUUCAUGAUCUGAAGUUAGCACUAAUGUUGCUGCACUAAGAAUCGCAGCUCUGAAUAUGGAAGGUGGAAUCCACAUCUGCUGAUAAAACCCACAAUAUCGCCCAUCAAAAAGUUUGCUGUACCCUUCUUCUCAUUUUUUAUGGCUGUCGAAAAUACGAGCAACAUCCUCAUCAUAGGUGCCGGGACAUGGGGCUGCUCAAUCGCUCUAGAGCUCGCACGCCGAGGCCACACAGGCAUCAAGGUCCUGGACGGCAGCCCCUUUCCAUCAGCCAUCUCCGCAGGCAAUGAUCUCAACAAAAUCACAGAGGAAGCAAACGAGCCGUCUGAAAAUGAUAGCGAUGAGACCUACUUCUGGAACCGCAUUACCCAGAUAGCCAUGCAAGCAUGGACCCACGAUCCACUCUUCGCUCCCUUUUACCACGAAACAGGCUUCAUCAUGGCCGCUCCUGCUGAUCUUGUACCCUUGAAUUCGAAAGAGGACUUUCACAAGACGAUGCCCGAGGGUGUGCUACAGGGCAAUUUUCCCGGCUGGCACGGGUUCUGGAAGCAACGUGGUGCGGGAUGGGUGUAUGCGAGCGGCGCAAUGAAAGCUCUGUAUGGUGAAGCGAGGAGGUUGGGUGUCCAGUUCGUCACAGGCGAGCUGGAAGGAAAAGUCGAAGAACUCAUCUUGACCUCCGGUCACGAUGCCGUACUUGGUGCCCGUACCUCAGAUAGCGUCAUACACACAGCUUGCAAAACUAUCCUUGCAGCCGGCGCAAACAGCAUCAAUCUCCUCGACUUCAAGAAGCAACUACGACCGACGGCCUGGACACUCGCACACGUCCCUCUAUCGGCGGAAGAAGCUCAGCUCUAUCGGAACUUGCCAGUCCUGUACGGUGUAGACCGCGGAUUCUUCAUUGAGCCAGAUAUCGAGAGACAUGAGAUGAAGAUCUGUGAUGAACACCCAGGUUACAUCAAUCUAGUCAUAGACAGCAAUGGCGACACGCAUUCGGUACCCUUUGCGCGGCGUCAAAUCCCCAAGGAAGCGGAGACACGAAUGCGCCGCCUCCUCUCUGAAACGACACCACAGUUCUCCGGGAGGAAAUUUAGCUUCGCGAGGAUAUGUUGGGACGCCGAUACUGUUGAUCGUAUGUUUCUAAUUGAUAAGCAUCCUGUGCUAGAGAACUUGGUUGUAGCUGUCGGAGGUUCGGGUAACGGCUUUAUGGCAUGCCCCGCCAUCGGUAUCUUAGUUGUAGAUAAUCUCGAAGAAGCGGGCCAGAUCGAGGAAAGGGUUCGGAAGAUGAUGAGAUGGAGGCCUGAAACUAGUGUUCACAGGGAUUGGUGGGACGCCCAGGGCCGAUGCGGUGCUGACGGAAAGGUCAUAGACUUCCGAGAUGUAGAAGAAUGGACAAGCAUAUGAAUGGGACUGGCGCAAUAUUUCAGCAUGGAGCCCCUCAUCUAUUAGCAAGUGUUGUGAAGGAGAGUAAGGUUAGUGUCUUGGCGGACUGGAGUAUACAUAACUGUUAUUGCUUGAUGAAUGAUCUGCAUCUCAUCUUAAACAUGUCUUCUGAGCCAUGGCAUCAAGCAUUGAGUUUCAAAAACUAGUCAUUCUGUCUACCAUAGCAAUUCCAAGUGAUGACGUGGCAAUAUUUCUCUCGCGCGGUGGAUACUAUAGAUGUCACUAUUUGUGUAUGUGAAACCAAUAGAUAUAAUGAGCGUACGUGUAGAAGC